GGCGCAGGCGCAUGAGCCUCAGGAUGCACUCGGGUUCCCAGCGUGCUUUACGGCGCUCGGCUCUUCUCAGAUCCUCGUUAUGGUGGCCGCGGGUGCUGGGGCUGCCCGGCUGCUCGUGCUCUUGCUGAUAGCCGCCGCGGCUCCAAGUAGGGCCCGAGGCAGCGGCUGCCGGGUCGGGUCCGCCGCGCGCGGGGCUGGGGCUGAUGGUCGUGAAGGUGAGGGCUGUGGUACUGUGGGAUUGCUGCUGGAGCAUUCAUUUGAGAUUGGUGAUGGAGCCAACUUCCAGAAGCGUGGCUCAUUGCUCUGGAACCAGCAGGACGGUACCUUGUCGGUAACACAACGACAACUCAGUGAGGAGGAGCGGGGCCGGCUCCGGGAUGUGGCUGCCGUCAAUGGCCUCUACAGGGUCCGGGUCCCCAGGCGACCUGGGGUACUUGAUGGUUCAGAAGCUGGCGGCUACGUGUCUUCCUUUGUCCCAGCGUGCUCCCUGGUGGAGUCUCACCUCUCAGACCAGCUGACCUUGCACGUGGAUGUGGCUGGCAACGUGGUGGGACUUUCAGUGGUUGCUUACUCUGGGGGCUGCCGGGGCUCUGAGGUGGAAGAUGAGGACCUGGAGCUGUUCAAUACAACUGUGCAGUUGCGGCCUCCAGGCACCGCACCAGGCCCUGAGACUGCAGCCUUCAUUGAGCGCCUGGAGAUGGAGCAGGCCCAGAAGGCCAAGAACCCUCAGGAGCAGAAGUCCUUCUUUGCCAAAUACUGGAUGUACAUCAUUCCAGUUGUGCUGUUCCUCAUGAUGUCUGGAGCACCGGACGCCGGGGGCCAGGGCGGCGGUGGGGGUGGGGGCAGCGGCCGGUGAGAAGCUGUACCACCUAGGGUCCUCCAGAGCUUCCUGUCCUUGGCCAGUCCAAGAAGGAGUUCCUGUCCCUCUGUCUCCUGAUUGCAUGAACGUGGAAGGCUCUCCCUUCUCAGGAGCCCUCAGCCUUCUUGGAGGUCGUCCUUCAUUCUCUCUCUGAACCUCUCCUUUGAGAGCCAGGGUGCACCUCUCUGUAGCCACCUCAGGCACACCGGCUUUCCUGGGUGCUGUGCUACUAUGUCCUGCCAUGUGGCACUGUUCCCUUGCUAAACAUGCACUAGCCCCACCCAACCCCACUCCACCAUGCAGUUUGGGAACAUGCCGGGUUCUCUCCAGCCUCUGAGCCUUUGUCCACAUCCCCAUGCACUCCUCACUGUCACACUUAGGCUCCUGCUGCUGGUGGCCGGGUCUACCUGCCAAUGUGUUGAAGCCUCCAGCCACUUUCCAUGUGGCAUGCUUUGCUCUCUGCCCCAGAACACCAUGGUGACUUCUAGCACCGUCCUUCCUGUCUGAGGACAGCAGCAGGAGAGGAUUUGGGGUCUCCCCGUUAGUCUGUUAUUUUCGCCAUUUGUGUGCAUGUUUGGAGAGCCAGGCUUGAGCGUGGCUGCUGCUGACCUCAGCUGUGUUGUGUGGCUGUUGAUUAAACUGUCCCCUGAAUGGCCACCAUU